AGCAAUUCUGCCCCCGUCACACACCCAUAGACCGCUCUUGUGCGCAACGUUGAUGGCUGACGCCUAAACCUCUCAGAGGCCCAACAUUCUCCAGUCUGCUUAUCAGAUCCGACAACCGCGGGGUUGAAAUUCCAAAAAGGGUCCGCACCACCAUCAUAAAAUUCCUUGACGUUGCUCCAAUAGCAGCACCCUUUGUGCCCAUAUCUCCAAUAUGGAAGAUCCUCGUCCUGACUACAAGGCGAUCUUCAUUCAGAUCACCGUCAAUCUCUCCAACACACUGACUACAUUCGGCCCCCGUUCACCACAAUACAAGUGUGUUGUGGAGAUGCUCAAGGAAUUCAUGAGACGUGUGGAGAAGGAUAUGAAUGAGCGCAAUAGUCGCGAGCUUGAUCCGGAUAUGUUGAGCACUGCUAUGGAGUUCUUGAAGAUUGGGGAGGAAAGAUGAAGUGGAUUAUGAGGUGGGGAUGGAGGGGUUGGAUUUCUGAUUAUUGGUUUGCAUUCUGACGACCCCCUUGGCUCGAGUCUUUGUGUGGGGAGAGUCCAUGUUUUGACAAGCGUAUUGUAUGGCUGUUUUAUGUUUUAUGCUACGAUGUUCUACAAAUACCCUACACAUUUGGAAUGUAUUGAAUACGGGUGCUGUGAUAGAUGAUUGAAGAUAUACGAGCCCCUCACCUCGUUGGGUCUGUGGCUCUCGUUGUAUUUCGUUCCAGAAAUUAGCAUCGCUAUACAGUGCUCCAGAUAGUCGGCCUUGCGUGAUAAGCAAGAAAUAUUGUGAACUAUGCGGACGGGACCAUCU